UUCAGAAACUGAAAUGUCGGUUAAUUUCACCAUCAAUGGAAAAAUAUUCUCAAUCCACGCUACAACAGUUCCCAUCGACACUUCGCUGAACAGCUUCAUUCGCAACCAUGCCCACCUCUCCGGGACCAAGUUCAUGUGCAUGGAGGGAGGCUGCGGGGCGUGUGUGGUGAACAUCUCAGGGCUACAUCCAGUGUCCGGCGAAGUUUACUCUCGCGCUGUUAAUUCGUGUUUAUUCCCCAUAUUUGCAUGCCACGGUCUGGAUAUCUUAACAGUCGAAGGAAUUGGAGACAAACAAGAUGGCUACCACCCAACCCAGAAGCUUCUGGCGCACUUCAACGGAACCCAGUGCGGGUACUGCUCGCCGGGCAUGGUCAUGAACAUGUACAGCUUGCUCGAGUCCAAGAAAGGUCAGGUGACCAUGGCCGAGGUCGAGAACGCUUUCGGAGGGAACAUUUGCCGUUGUACUGGAUAUCGGCCGAUUUUGGACGCGUUCAAAUCGUUGGCCGUCGAUGCCGAGCCUCGUCUCAAGGAGGCGUGCCGAGAUAUUGAGGACUUGACCAUGAUUUGUCCCAAAACUGGAUCGGCGUGUGCUGGCAAGUGUUCCGCGGCUGGGAAGAUCAAGGAUAAAAAGGGAGUCCAUCUGAGCUUUGCCGAGGACAAAGAGUGGCACAAGGUCUACAAUAUCAGCGAUGUGUUUGCCAUCUUUGAGAAAAUCAAGACGAAGCCGUACAUGCUCGUCGCUGGCAACACUGCUCACGGUGUCUACCGUAGAAGCGAUGACUUGCAGGUUUUCAUCGAUGUCACUUCUAUCGAAGAGCUGCGAUCGCACUCCUUGGGGAACAACUUGACAGUUGGGGCGAAUGUCUCGCUUACUGAGUUAAUGACCAUUCUGACGGAUGUCGCAGCAAAGAGUCCGAACUUUAGAUAUUGUGUGGAGCUCGUUAAGCAUAUUGACCUGAUUGCAAACGUUCCCGUACGCAACACUGGAACAAUCGCUGGAAAUUUGAGCAUCAAAAAUCAGCACCACGAGUUCCCUUCGGAUAUGUACUUGAUCCUGGAAGCCGUUGGAGCUCAGUUCACUAUCAUGGAAUCUGGUGGCAAGACCAGCACCAUUUCUCCAGCCCAAUUCGUGUCCAAGGAUAUGAAGAAAAAGUUGGUACUCAACGUUGUUCUACCACCGCUGGAUCCCAAAGUAUUCGUCUUCCGCUCGUUCAAAAUUAUGCCAAGAGCACAAAACGCUCACGCGUACGUCAACGGUGCGUUCCUGAUCAAGUUCAACGCGAAUAAGUCAUCCGUUGAGUCUGCUUCACUUUGCUUCGGCGGAAUCAAUCCCAAAUUCAGGCACGCCAUCAACACUGAAAAGUUCCUCGCCGGCAAAAACCUGUUCUCCAACGACGUCUUCCAAAGGGCUCUUCAAACGCUGUCCAACGAGCUCAACCCGGACUGGGUCCUUCCCGACGCAUCUCCCGAGUACCGCAAGAACCUAGCCCUCUCACUGUUCUACAAAUUCGUUCUCAACAUCGCUCCCGAAGGCAACGCAUCCAUCAAGUCACAGUACAAAUCCGGUGGCUCGGUCCUAGAGCGACCGGUUUCCACCGCUUCACAGCGAUUCGAUACCUACAAGGAGAACUGGCCCCUCACCAAGAACAUUCCCAAGAUUGAAGGGCUGGCGCAGACGUCCGGAGAGGCCAAAUACGUCAACGAUCUACCAGCGAUGCCUAAUCAACUGUUUGCAUCGUUCGUACUAGCUACUGAAGUUCAUGCUACGAUUCUGGAUGUUGACCUCGGUGAAGCUUUGGCUGUCGUGGGGGUUCAUGCAUUCUAUGGAGCUAAGGAUAUACCCGGGUGCAACGAUUACAUGCCGAUCAAAAGCAUACAUCCGCAUCCCGAAGAACUAUUUUGCAGUGGAAUGGUCAAGUAUCAUGGGCAGCCAAUUGGUGUUAUUCUGGCAGAUACCUUUGAGCUAGCUAAUAAGGCAAGCAAUCUUGUCAAAAUCAGCUAUAAAAGGACAUGUGAACCAGUAGUAUCAACGAUUGAUAGUGCCAUUGAAGCGAAUAACGAUGAUCGGAUACUAAAGCAAGAUCAUGGCUUCGUCGGACCACAAAGCGUAAGUUCACCUGAAAGCUGUAUUGAAUUCAAAGGAAGUCUCGAGCUCGGUGGACAGUACCACUUCUACAUGGAGACACAGUCCUGUGUCUGCGUGCCCAUUGAGGAUGGACUGGACGUGUACUCCUCAACUCAGUGGAUUGAUAUGGUGCAAGUAGCUAUCGCUCGGAUGCUCGUGAUUCCGGAGAACAGCGUUAACAUUGCUGUUCGACGUCUAGGAGGAUCCUUUGGAGGGAAAGCUGCCCGCUCUACAAUGAUCGCUUGCGCUUGUGCAUUGGCCGCUCACCUUUCUCGACGACCCGUAAGGUUGGUCAUGACUCUCGAAUCAAACAUGGCAGCGAUCGGGAAACGAUACGGAUUGAAGUCCGACUACGUGGUUAAAGCUAGUAGGGAGGGGAAGAUUGUGCAAUUGAACAAUAAGUAUUAUCACGACGCAGGAUCAUCCUUCAACGAAAGCCCCUUCUGGAUCCAGAACUCGUAUGCCAACUGCUAUGAGAGUGACUGCUGGAAAAUAGACGCGUUUGAAGUUCGGACUGAUCGGGCUAGUAACACAUGGUGCCGAGCACCAGGGCAAACCGAAGCGAUCGCCAUGAUCGAAACGAUCAUGGAGCAUGUAGCUCACGGAUCAGGAAUGGAUCCGGUAGAUGUCCGGAUGAACAAUAUCCCAGAAAAGUCUAAAAUGAGAGAAAUCCUUCCAAUGUUUCGCAAAGAAGUUCAAUACGAUUCUAGAAAGCAAAGCAUUGAUCAGUACAAUAAGGAAAAUCGCUGGCGGAAGCGAGGAAUCUCGAUCGUUCCGAUGAAGUAUCCCGUAUCCUAUCUUGGAGCUCUCCACGCAUUAGUUUCAAUCUAUCAUGGUGAUGGAACAGUUUCAAUCGCUCACGGUGGCAUCGAAAUGGGUCAAGGCUUGAACACCAAAGCCGUCCAGGUAGCAGCUCACGUACUGGGAAUUUCGGUAGAGAUGAUCAGCAUUAAACCAACCAACAAUCUCAUCUCGCCGAACGCAGUUUGUACCCAGGCAAGCUACACUAGUGAAGCCGUAGGUUACGCCAUCAAAAAAGCAUGCAAAAUUCUUCUCCAGCGAAUGCAACCAAUCAAAGCUCAAAAUCCAGCAGCAUCGUGGACCACGAUCAUCUCCGAAUCGCACAACAACCAGAUCGACCUCAGUGCCAGCUACAUGUACAAAGAAAGUGAACUGCGACCGUACGACGUCUGGGGAGUUUCCUGUGCCGAAAUCGAGGUUGACAUCCUCACCGGAAACGUCCAACUCCGCCGGGUGGACAUCCUCGAGGACACCGGCGAAAGUCUUAGCCCCGGCAUAGACAUCGGACAGAUCGAGGGUGCCUUCGUCAUGGGAGUUGGAUACUACCUAACCGAAGCACUCGUGUACGACCCAACGAACGGUGCCCUGUUAACGAAUCGAUCGUGGAAGUACAAGCCACCGGGGGCGAAGGAUAUUCCAGUUGAUUUUCGUAUUCAGCUGCUUCAAAACGCGUCGAAUGAAGCUGGAGUUUUGAGAUCGAAAACAACCGGCGAGCCUGCGAUUGUGAUGAGUGUUGUGGUGCUGUUUGCCGUGAGGAAUGCCCUGAUGUCAGCGAGAAGAGAUGCCGGACUACCGAAUGAGUGGAUCGAGCUGGGAGCGCCGUCGACGCUCGAUGUUGUUCAGAAAUUGGCUGAGAAUAAACUGGAGAAAUAUCUACUGAAAUAAGUUGU